AUGUCUACGUUUGGCUCGCACUUUCGCGUCACCACGUACGGCGAGUCGCACUGCGCCUCGGUAGGUUGUAUCGUCGAUGGCGUGCCUCCGGGCAUGGCACUCGCUGCGCACGACAUUCAGACGCAGCUCUCACGUCGUCGGCCGGGCCAGUCGAAUUUGACGACGCCGCGCGAUGAAAAGGACCGUGUCGAGAUCCAAUCGGGUGUCGAACGCGGCGUGACGCUGGGCACGCCGAUCGCCAUGCUGGUACGCAACCAGGAUCAGCGUCCACACGACUACACGGACGAUACGCUGGAUACGUAUCCACGCCCUUCGCACGCCGACUUUACGUAUCUGGAAAAGUACAACGUCAAGGCAAGCUCGGGCGGUGGAAGGAGCUCGGCUCGUGAGACCAUUGGACGAGUCGCUGCGGGCGCUCUGGCGGAAAAGUAUCUCAAGGAAGCGUACGGUAUCGAGAUCGUCGCGUUUGUUUCCAGCGUAGGCAAGGUGCACAUUCCGCGCUACCCGGGCGAGCAGCUCGCCCAGAACGUCGUCAAUGGCGCUGCGCUCGUCGCCUCGACCGAAGCAAAGGACGGUGUCCAGGUGGACAAGAAAUCGUUCUAUGGAGAAUCCGAGACCGACGGUCCACCACAGACCAAAGUGGACAACGUGAUCAACACGGAUCACCUCACCGAAGAAGAGGCAGAGGAGCCGCUUUCGCAAGAGUUCCGUCAACUGCUUGCCACCAUCACGCGCGCAAAGGUGGACGAGAACGCUAUUCGGUGUCCGCACGAACUCGCGGCUGAACGCAUGCGCCAGCGCAUCCUGCUGGCCAAGGCGAACAAUGAUUCGAUCGGUGGCACAGUGACAUGCGUGAUCCGCGGUGUGCCGUCAGGGCUGGGAGAGCCGUGUUUCGACAAGCUCGAGGCCAAGCUGGCGCACGCCAUGCUCAGCAUCCCGGCAACCAAGGGGUUCGAGAUCGGCUCGGGUUUCCGGGGCACCGAAGUCGCGGGCUCGAGGCACAACGACAAAUUCGUGCUGAAACCCGACGGACGUCUGGGAACCAUUACGAAUUGGUCGGGUGGGAUCCAGGGAGGUAUCAGCAACGGAGAAGACAUCUACUUCCGAGUGGGCUUCAAGAGCCCCGCUACGAUCAGCCAGAACCAGAGCACCGCCACGUACGAUGGCAAGCAGGGCACACUCAACACCAGAGGCAGACACGAUCCGUGCGUCGUGCCCAGAGCGGUUCCGAUUGUCGAGGCCAUGGCCGCACUUGUCGUCAUGGACGCCGUGCUCGUCCAGAGCGGUAGAGACAAGGCGGCCGCCAGGUUGAGCCGCGAUCCCAUCGACGCGCUCCCCAACAGCAUGAAGUUACCCCCCAGCAAGAGGAGCAAGACGCAAGACUGA